AAUUUUUUUUGCACACAGCUUUUCAUUCCUAUUCCUAUUCCUAUUUCAAUAAAAAAAUUUAGUAUUCCUCACACAUAUGUUCCUCUACAAUCUCACGCUGCAGCCGGCGUCAUCUGUCAGCACGGCGAUCAUAGGGAACUUCUCCGGCACCAAAACGCAAGAACUCGUGUUGGCACGUCACCAGCACCUGGAGCUCUGGAACAUUGACACAACGACAGGAAAGCUCAGUCUCAAACACCGGCAACCAGCGUUUUCGCACAUCCGCUCGCUCUCCUCCUUCCGAUUGACAGGCAGCUCCAGAGACCACAUAGUGCUUGGAUCCGACGCAGGCUCCGCGGCGCUAAUCGAGUAUAGUGAGCAAACCGGAUUUGUACAAGCACAAUACCACGAGUUUGGACGCACUGGAGUGCGGCGGAUGGUUCCGGGGCAGUAUGUAGCAGCGGACCCGCGCGGGCGAGCAUUUAUGGUGGCGGCAACAGAGCGCGCCAAGAUUGUCUAUGUGGUGACAAGGGACUCUGAGGCUAAAGUGGCCCUGGGCUCGCCACUCGAAGCCAACCGUGCUGAGGCCGUGUGCUUUGACGUAGUCGGCGUGGAUGUUGGGUACGAGAACCCGGUGUUCGCGGCACUGGAAUGCGUGGGCAUGGGGCCCAAGCAGGUCGUGUACUAUGAGCUUGACCUGGGACUGAAUCAUGUUGUCAGAUCGUGGAGUUCCGACGUACACGAAUCGGCCAGUCGACUGGUGGCUCUACCCGGUGGCGGCGACGGGCCGUCUGGCGUGCUGGUGUGCGGCGAAGGAUUUGUCGAGUACAGGGGCUCGGCGGUCGAGAGCUCUCUGAGAGUGGACCUGCCCAGGCGGGCAGGCGAUGAGGGGCGCGGUGCGCUGGUGGUGGCCAGCGCAGUGCACCGGAUGAAAGGUGCGUUUUUCAUUCUGCUGCAGUCCGAGAGCGGUGACCUUUUCAAGGCCACAGUGGACUACGAGGCAGCCACAGCAACGGCGACGCGUCUGGGCAUCGCGUACUUUGACACUAUUGCGCCAGCCUCGUGCCUUUGCAUUCUGCGUGCCGGGUUCCUCUUUGCUGGCAGCGCCGGCGACGGCGGCAGCAGCCUGCGGCUGUUCCAGUUCGAGAAUCUGGGCGUGGACGCGGAGGCAAGCGAGUUUGAGCCGCAGCCGUUGCGCAGUCUGGCGCUGGUCGACGAGGCCGAGAGCCUGUGUCCAAUGGUACGCAGCCAAGUGCUGAACCUGACAGACGAGGAUGCGCCGCAGAUCUACGCGCUAUGCGGGCGCGGCGCGCAGUCUGCGCUGCGGAUUGUGCGCCAUGGGCUGGAGGCCGCCGAGCUGGCCGUGUCCGAGCUGCCGGGCACACCACAGGCCGUCUGGGCCAUUGCGCGCUCGGGCUCUGCCGAUGGGGACCAGCUUAUUGUUGUGAGCUUCCGCGACGCCACGCUGGUGCUGGGCGUGGCCGACGAGGUCACCGAGGUCACCGACUCGGGCUUGCUCACAACCGAACCGACCCUCGCCCUACACCAGUGCGCAGCCGGCGGCACUGUGCAGGCCACACCGCGCGCACUGCGCCGCACCUAUGCGGAUGCACGGGCCGCCGAGUGGCUGCCACCACGAGGCCUGCGCAUCACAGCGGCGGCUCUCAACUCGCGCCAGGCGAUUGUGACCUACGGCGGCGAGCGCGCGGCAGUGUUCCUGCUGGACGCCCAGGACGAGCUGCGCGAGACCGCCGAGCCGCUGGUUGCAGGCAGCGAGAUCGUGUGUGUCGCGCUGCCGCAGGUUGCACACGGCCGGCGGCAGGCGCCCUUUGCAGCUGUGGGCUGUGCCGACCAAACGGUGCGUGUGUUUGCCCUCAAAGAGGGAGGCCCAGAGCCUGUCGCUGUGCAGGCCGUAGCUGACCAUCCGGAGUCUGUGGUGCUGGUGUACACGCCGCUGGGGCUGAUGCUGUUUGUUGGCCUGCGCAACGGGCUGCUGGUGCGCGCAGCCAUCGACGAGAUCACAGGUGAGUUGAGCGAUCCGCGGACGCGGUUUCUUGGCGCCAGGCCCGUGCGCCUGCGUGAGUGUAGCCUUGGAGCUGGUGGGACCGGCGUCGUUGCGCUGUCUUCGCAGCCGUGGCUUUGCCACGCGUAUCAGGCCCGACUGCGCACGGUGCCGCUGUCGUACGAUGCUCUGGACGAUGCCUGCGCCUUCCAGUCGCCGCAGGGUCCUGGGCUGGUGGCCAUUUCGGCCGGGUCGCUGCGCAUCCUGGCCGUCGACCGCCUCGAUGCCGAGUUCAACCACGCGGCUAUCCCGCUGCAACACACGCCGCGCGACUUUGUGCUGAACCCGCAGUCGCGCCAUUUUGCUGUCAUCGAGACAGAUAACAUGGGCGGUGGCAGCUGGGCCUCAGUCCUGCGCGUGCUGAACCCAUUUGACGGCGAGACAACAUGUCUUGUCGAGUUGGACGCCGACGAGGCGGCUGUGAGCAUGGCGCUGGUAUCGUUUGCCAACACGGAUGGUCUUUUCCUGGCUGUCGGCUGCGCCACUGGCAUGACUCUGCGCCCGCGCAGCAGCCGCUCCGCCUGCCUGAGGCUGUUCCGCUGGUCGGACGACGGAACGCAGCUGGUGCUGGAGCACCUGACGCCACUGGACGACAUCCCGCAGGCGCUGCUGCCGUUCAACGGCCAGCUGCUCGUGGCGCUGGGUCGCACGCUUCGGCUGUACGACAUGGGAAAGCGCCAGAUGCUUAAAAAGGCGCAGACGCUGGUCGCGCCCUGUCUGAUCACUGCGCUCCACGCGCACCCGACACGGAAACAGCGCGUGUUUGUGUGCGAUGCGCAAGAGUCAGUGCAGUUGGCUGUGUUCAGCUCCUCUGCGCGCCAGUUCCACGUUGUCGUGGACGACUCUCUGCCGCGCUACGCUACCUCGGUGCAUGUCUUGGAUGAUGGCGCAACUGUUGUUGGUGGAGACAAGUUUGGAAACCUGUUUGUCCUGCGGUGCCCUGAGACUGUUAGCAGUGCACUGGAUGCGGACCCUGAGGGUGGCCAGUUGAUAUACGAGAAGCCGCGGAUGGGCGCGUCAGCCAACCGUUGGGUGUCUGUUGCCGAGUUCCAUGUCGGUGACAUUGUGACUUCAGUGACCACAUGCGCCCUGUCUCCGGGUGGCCGCCAAGUGAUCCUAUAUUCCACUUUGCUGGGCAGUCUAGCUGCGGCCAUUCCGUUUGUGAGCAAGAGCGAUAUAGGCUUUUUCCAGUCUCUGGAGCUGCUCAUGCGCAAACACUAUCCUGUGGUGUCUGGCCGUGACCAUCUCAAGUACCGCUCUUCCUUCCAGCCCGUCCGCUCCGCCAUCGAUGGUGAUCUAUGCGAGCUCUACCACACCCUGAGCAAUGAGGUCAGAGAGUCAAUUUCGGACGCGCUGGACCGCACGCAGCAGGAUAUUUUCAAAAAGCUCGAGGAUAUGCGAACAAUGUUUACAUUUUAACCUUUUUUUGCCUUUUUUAGAGUUGGAAAUAGAGAUAUGG